AUGAGGAGUCUUCUAGCAUUAUCAGCGGCCUUGACGGGCAUCGCAACCGCCCAAAACCGGACGAAUUCUUCUUCCGCCGUCGUCCGCCUGCCCUCGGAAUGGCUCUAUCUCCUCCCCCAGCCCUUCAACAGCAGCAUCAGAUACUCCUGGCUCAACAGCACCACAACAAGCAACCAGACCAUCAACGAUGCCCUCGCCCGAGCGAACCAGGCCCGCUUCGUCUCCUACUCGGACGAAUUCAGCAACUUCGUCGGCUCGGACCCGAACGUGAGCACCAUCAACUGCCCCCCCGGAGCUCCCGAAUGUGCCUUCGAAGCGGGUGUCUGGAUCCCCGACUCCGACGAGGUCUGGUUCAUGUACCUCGAUUUCGACUAUCCGUAUAACCAGAGCAUCACGUCUUUCAGUCUGAAGAACAAUUCCGCAAAGCAAGUGGUGACGAACCCGCCGAUUAGAUAUCCACUGGGAGGGUAUUACUACGACGGACAGGUCUACCUGACCGAAUUCAACGCCACGACCGACCCGGCAACGAUCAUCAGCGUGGACCCGAAGACGCUGGCCGUCACGCCGAUUCCCAAUUCCUACCAGGGCAUCCCGCUGGCUCCGUGCGACGACGUCGUCGUCACCCGCGUCCAGAACAAGGACUACAUCUUCCUCACGACCUUUUCCAUCCAGGACGUCCUCGGCCCCAGAUUCCCCCGGCAACGCUUCGACACGGCCGUCUGGCGCUUCGAUGUCGCCGAGAAAGUCCUGCUCCCGGUCAUCUCGGCCAACGAGAUCGUGGCGCCCAACGGAAUCCGCGUGAGUCCCGAUGGGAGGACGCUGUAUGUCACGAACACGGCCAUUACGGAUCAGGCGAAACUCGAAGACCAGGCGAGUAACACGACCAAGAGCAAUGCCAUCUAUGAGUUCGAUCUCAACGAUCAGGGUAAGCCGCUGAAUGGGAGACUCUUCACCUUGGUGAGGACCGGUAUCGCGAAUGGUCUGCAUGUGGAUAAUGCUGGGAGGAUCUGGACCGCUGAAGAUGAUGGGAUUGUGGUUCGCUCGCCGGGCGGAAGACUACUCGGUAAGCCUGCUCUGUCUUGUUGUCUGUCUGACGAUUGCUGAUAAGCAUAGGAACCUUCAAUUACAUUCCGAUCCAUCCCGUCGACCAACCUCGGAUUGGAAAUUUUGCUCUGGCAGGCAAUAAGCUUGUCAUUGGAGUUGAUGAUCAUGUGGUUAUCUAUGAGCUGGCUGAGAACUUGGUCACUCCCGGGAACUUGUUGACGGAUAAGCAACGGUAA